AUGGGUUCCAUGAUGGCUUUCGCCUUCAACGAGCUCGGUCUGGACGUCUCCAUCUGGGACGUCAGCCGUGACAACGUCGACGGCAUCCGCCAAUGGAUCGACCAAGGAAAAUUCACCGGGAAAGGCAAGAUCCAAGCUUUUGACGAGGUCGAUCAAUUCACCCAAAGUCUUGGCCAAGACCAGAAGCUUUUCAUCUUUUCCGUCACCCACGGCGACCCCGCCGACUCUGUCCUCGACAAGAUCCAGGACAGCCUGCAAAAAGGCGACAUCAUCCUCGACGGCGGCAACGAACACUAUCGUCGCACCGAGCAGCGUCAGAAGCGCUGCGCUGAGCGCGAAAUCCACUGGAUCGGAAUGGGCGUCUCCGGGGGAUACCAAUCUGCCCGCCAUGGCCCGAGUUUAUCCCCCGGCGGCGACCCAGACGCCAUCAACCUCGUUCUCCCGCUCCUUGAGAAAUACGCCGCUAAAGACCCAAAGACCAAGAAGCCCUGUGUCACCAACGUGGGACCAGCGGGGUCGGGCCAUUUCGUCAAGAUGGUCCACAACGGGAUUGAAGGCGGCAUGCUGUCCACCGUUGCCGAGGCCUGGUCGCUGCUGCACCAUGGACUCGGCCUCCAGUACGAGGAGAUUGCGGACAUCUUCGAGCAGUGGAAUUCCGAAGGGGAACUGCGUAACAACUUCCUCCUGGACAUCGGCGUCCAGAUUCUCCGCACGAAGAAGACUCCAAAAGGGGAUAAGCAAGGUGAAGGCGCCAGCAAAGAUGGUGGAUUCGUCCUCGACGAUGUCCUCGACAAGGUGGUGCAGGAUGACGAUGACACCGAGGGCACCCCCUACUGGUCCGUUAUGGAGUCAGCCGCCCGCCACGUUUCAGCCCCAACGCUGGCCACCGCGCAUUUUCUCCGGAUUGCCAGUGGAAACCGCGCAGAGCGCUUGGAGGUCGCCAAGAAGCUGAACCUUCCCAAGCCCAAACCCCUCGAGGGCAUCAUUGACAAAAAGACGUGCAUUGAGAAGAUUCGCAGAGCGGUGUACAGCGCCUUCCUGGCCUCGUUCUGUCAGGGUCUCGAGCUGAUCGCUCGUACCUCCAAGGACGAGGGCUGGAACGUGGAUCUGAGCAAGUGUCUCCAGAUCUGGCGCAACGGCUGUAUCAUCCAGUCUGAAGCAAUCGCCGACUUGUUGCAGCCAGCCAUGACCGAGUCCCUCACCAAUGUCAAAUGCGUGGACGCAGUGGCGCGAGAGUUGCACGAGCAUUUCGACGCCUUGAAAGACACGGUGCUCGCGUCAACAGUAGCCGAUCACUAUACGCCGGCUCUCUCGGCGACGUUGGAAUACCUCAAGUAUGAGGCAGGAACCAUGCUCCCGACAAAAUUCAUGGAGGCCCAGAUGGACCUCUUCGGUGCGCAUGGAUACAACAAGCCAGGAGUGAAGGGAGAGGACCCAGGACCGGUUUCCAAGGGAGCCCACCACUAUGACCCCGCAGAAUGGCCGCCCUUCCCACCACCUACGACGCCCGUCCGCAUUGCCGUCAUCGGCGGUACCGGCUUGCGCGAACUUCCUGGCUUCACCCAGGUCGCCUCCCUCAACGUCAGCACUCCCUGGGGUAGCCCCUCCUCCCCCAUCACCAUCCUGCACCACAAGUGCUCCCACAACAACAAGACCGUUGCCAUUGCCUUCCUCAGCCGCCACGGCGCCCACCACCAGAUCGCUCCCCAUGAAGUGCCCGCUCGCGCCAACAUCGCUGCCCUGCGCUCCAUCGGUGUCCGCACCAUCAUCGCCUUCUCCGCCGUCGGGAGCUUGCAAGAGGCCAUCAAGCCCCGCGAUUUCGUCAUUCCCGACCAGGUCAUUGACCGUACCAAGGGCAUCCGUCCCUUUACUUUCUUCGAGGGUGGCGUCGUCGCCCACGUGCCUUUCGGCGACCCCUUCGACGAGGGUGUCGCCAAGGUCGUGAGAGCCUGCGGACACAGCUUGGAGGGUGAGGGAGUCGUUCUGCACGACCGGGGUACCCUGAUCUGCAUGGAGGGUCCUCAAUUCUCGACCCGCGCCGAGAGCAACAUGUACCGCUCCUUUGGUGGCAGCGUCAUCAACAUGUCCGCCCUGCCUGAGGCCAAGCUGGCCCGUGAGGCCGAGAUCGCCUACCAGAUGAUCUGCAUGUCCACCGACUAUGACUGCUGGCAUGAGUCGACCGCGGACGUGACUGUGGAGAUGGUGAUGGGCCACAUGAAGGCCAACGCUGAGAACGCUAAGCGCUUUGUCACAGCUGUGCUGGACGCCUUGGCUUCUGACGAGCACGCCGAGCUGGUGCAGGCCAAGCACGUUGAGGGCUCCAUCAAGUUCGGGCUCAGCACUGCUCAGCCCAACUGGAGCCCCGAGGCUCGUGAGCGCAUGAACUGGCUCUUCCCCGGCUACUUCAACUAG